AUGAUGGCUCCCAUCACUCCACCUCCACCGCCUGCUUUAUACGCACAAGGCUUCACGAAAAAGAAACUUGCCAAAGGAUUUGCGAGUCUCUUUGAUAAUAAGAAAGAUGACGAGAAAGAUGAGAAAGAGAGUACGAGCACCAAGAGGCCAGAUCUUCUAUCACCAAUCUGUUUCAGCGAUAAUAGACCUUCAUACAGAGAUGCAUCUACCCAGACAGAAGACUUGGUAUCCUCUGUCAGAAAUGCGGGCACACAGACUGGGGAUAUUAAUCAUCAUACGCCGGGAGAAAGUAAUGAAUAUGAAGAGAAUUCCCUUCAGACCUUAGAGGCAGAGUCAAUUGUUGUUACUGAAACCAACUCCGCCAUGAUUUCUGAGGAAAUUGAUACUGUCAUGAUGGAUGCGACUGAUGGGACCGAUGCGACCGGUGGGGCUGAUGGGGCUGAUGGGGCUGAUGGGGCUGAUGGGGCUGAUGCGGGUGAUGCAGUUGAUACAAGUGAAUUUGCAGAGACCAAGUUGAGUGAGGAGGAAGCAAAAGCUCUGUUAAGGGAGCAAUGGCUCGGCACAAGCAAGUGUGCUAGAAAGCUUCAACAAGAAGUAUACUAGGAUCUUAUUCUUAUCUUUUUGUGAAACAUUACUAACUAAAAUCAGUGUCAAGUAGAAGAAACUCUUGCCCUUCGACAAUCUCUUAUACAACACCUCGAUGUAUUUCCAUAUAAUCCAAGGUUCUACGCAGACCUCGCGGCUGUUUACAAUCAGCUGGGUUUCACAGAUGUUGGUACAGCCAACGCCUAUAAGGCCAUCUUGCUUACAGAGUGUGCCUUGUCUUGUUCCGCCACAAGUUAUCCUGGUCUUCCAUAUUUACGCACAGAAGUCCUAAAUUUCAUGAGUUCCAAGCACUGGACAAACUCCAUCCUUCAGAUUGACCAUGAGCUCCACGACAUCCGUUCCUACGCCUACCGAGAACUUCUUUAUGGACUUAUGCACUGUGGUGCAUUCUGGGAGGGAUAUUUGGAAGCCAGAAAAGCUCUAAAACUCUAUCCACAAGACCAAGUCAUUAAAGGCUUUGUACAGGAUUUGAAAGGAGAAUUUUUAGAGCGGUGCGAAAUAUUCGCAAAAGGCGGCAUGGACAAAGGAGAACAGGCAGCGUACGCUAAGCGAGGAUCCAUCUAUAUAAUUAAGUAUCCUUGGAUGGACGAAAGAUUAUUUUAUCGAACUCCAGAGAUGUUGCGCCAGGUUAAUAAGAGUCUGAGUUUGAGUUCGGGCAGCUGUGAAGUAAGACGCGUAGUCUUUAGCACAGAUCCGAAAGAGAAACACAUCACCGAGCAGAUACCGGAAGGUAUGGAUAUUGGCGCUCUAGGAGUCUUCGCUACAAAAGAUAUCACCAAAGGUGAAAUGAUAUUGGUGGAUCCUACCUUGCUAGGUGCAUCAAACGUAAAGCCCCACAAGAGACACCAGUGUGAUGCUUGCCAGGCCUUCCUAGUACACCCAUAUUUCAAUCCUACCGACAAAAUCUAUCCUAAGAACUGCUGCAAAGCGGUGGCAUACUGCAGCUUGGCUUGCAGAGAUGCUGCGGCAGGAAUGCAUUCUCUGUUGUGUAGAAGAAAUAUUGACUACUUGUACAGGGAUGCCAAACUUAUCUCAAAUCCGGAAAAACAAGAUGACGGCUAUUUCCCACGAUCUAUUCUAGUUGCACGAACAAUUGCAGUAAUCCUCGCGGACAAGACAGGAGGUACCCACCCUCUGCAGCACAGCUUGGCUGCCAGAUUAGUCGCAAACUAUACUCUUGAUGGACCACAUGAGAAAAAGGCUUCCAACAACUGGCUGUUCAAAGAGUGUGUUGUGAAUCCGACAAAGUUCCUUCUCCAGUUAGGAGUCGAUAUAUUCAAAUCCAGAGACUGGGAUCCUGAAGUCAUCCAAACCUUGACGUGGCGUUUGGACAAUAAUGCUAAUAUGGGAGUUUCCAGCGUGUAUCCCCCCGAAGAUACGAAUCUUAUUGAGCAAGCUAAGAAGCAAAAUAUUGAUAUAGCUCUCAAUACUGUCAAUGUUAACCCGAGCUAUCUCUUCUUCAACCAUUCUUGUUUAUUUAACGUCAUUUGGAACUCUAGUACAGAGUGUAAUGAUAGUAUUUACAGCAUCGAGGGCAUGGAUGGCGAGCUUUUGCGACCUGGAAGUAACGCAGUAAGAUGCUUCGCCGGGCGCGAUAUCAAGACAGGCGAGGAACUUUAUAUCAGCUACCUGGGGGAAGCUGGUAUUGGAAAGUCCACGAAGGAGAGAAAAGCUUGUCGCAUUCACCUUGAAAAGUGGUUCAAGGGUGGUUGCGGUUGUGCUGUUUGCGAGGAAGAGAACAAGAAAGCUGCGGAGGAGGGUAAGGACGUCACUUAUAUGUCUGAGGAUGAGGAAAUGGAUAAUAUUGGCUACGAUAUAUGA